AUGAAAAUCCCGUGGAAUUUGGCGGAGACAGAAGCGCUGUUUAGGACUUAAAUUUCGCCACUUAAUUCGCGUUUUCCCGGUGGCGUUCCGUUAAGAUUAGGGAAUGUCUUCUCUUUACAGUUAGGGCGACUCCAUUUUCCUAUUCUCCCACCGCACUAUAAGGACGCCAUCCCAGGCUGCUUAAAUCUUAAUAGGUACCUACCAUUUUCUUUUUCAUUCGUUCCAUCGCUCUCGGAGGCUCUACGUCACGGCUUCUUCAAAUGUUGAAGAUGACAGGCAAAAGUGGGACGGGACAGGCAUGCGCUGCAUGCAAAUACCAGAGGAGAAAAUGUUCGGCAGAUUGCCCCCUGGCGCCCUAUUUCCCACCAGACCACCCAAAACUUUUUCUGAACGCUCACAAGCUGUUUGGAGUGAGUAAUAUUCUGAGGAUCCUGAGGCAGGUUGACGAUAGCCAGAAGAAGGACGCAAUGAAGUCAAUAAUAUACCAGUCAAAUGCGAGGGAAAAGGAUCCUGUGCAUGGCUGCUUCGGAAUCAUAGUGAUGCUUCAGAGCCGCGUGGAAAGACUCCGCCAAGAGUUGGAACUCGUGAAAAGCCAGAUCAUGUUUCUCCAGCAAUUAUAUGCUGGGCCUUCCAACGCCGCCUACGAUUUUCCCACUGCGCCGCCGCCACAGCAACAAAUGCAAACUUUGGGUUGCUCCCAUGCCAACUGGACGUGUUCUUGCAUACCUUCGACUCCUUAUGAUGUUCACGCCCUUUACAGACAACACCACCACCAACAAUGUUAUGACUCUAGGAUUUCUAAAUUGAUUGAAUACGAGCAGAGACAAGUUUACAGCGACUCGCGAGAAGCUUAUGAAUCUAGUGCGGAGUCUUCACUGAAAGAAAGCCAAUCUAUGGAACAUGUGGCAGAGCAUGAGCUGAAAAGCGCCGCAGCACUGUUCACGCUCACAAAUGAGCACUAAGAUGAUUCUUCUGGUUCUUGUUAUUGCACUAAAAUGAGCACUGUUCACGCAUUUUCUCAACUAUAGUUUACCCAUUUUCUAAUGGCAUGUAGGUGAUGGAAUUGUAUUUCUGAACCUUUAGCAAACCGAAAACGGAUCUUAAAUGCAGAGGAGGAUUGCAGGCACUUUCCAUUUUUACUUCUAACUGCUGAUAUCAAAAAAAUUAUUUUCGUCUUUUCUAUUUUUGCAAAACAAUGUGCGCUGCUAAACGUUGAACUUUGAGAGUGGCUGAGGGGUAGGCCAUGUUUUGUCUUUGAGCUAGUUCAGGCUGUGCUCUUUUCUACUCUUCUGCUAUUCAUGCCAUUUUGUUUUUAAAAAACGCAUUCCUAUCCCUCCUCUUUGAAUUCAUUCCCCACUACCUUGUCAG